CGCAGGACAACAGAGGAUAGGAUAGGAUACUGGCCGCCGGGGGAGUAAAGGCUCCACACUCAUGCCUUGAAAAAGGGAAGACUCUGAAAUUGCUGUUAAUGGGGUGCAAUAACAGUCACCUGGAGGUUUAAAAUGAUAGAAACAAUGGAUACACAGCGUGCCUUGCAGGCGGUGGAGCGUCUCCAGGCCAAACUGAAGGAGCGGGGGGAGGUGCCCACCGAGGAGAAGCUCAGCCUGCUCAAAUCAGUGCUCCAGAGCCCCCUCUUCCACCAGAUCCUGGCCUUGCAGAAGACUGUCCAGCAUCUACCGGGAAGUUCCCCAGCAUCACGUGGAAGUGACCUUGACGAUGAUGAAGCAGCAGUCAAGCCCAAUGGAGGCCAUGUUUCCUACUCAGACACACCAGCUUUGACACUUAUCAAUGGCAAGACUUCAUCUGAAGAAUUUGAACAUGUUAUGCACUCCAUGGCACAGGGGCGCUACGUGACACAUGUGGACCUGCUGAAGCCAGUUUCAGGAGGUCUCGGCUUCAGCGUAGUUGGCCUAAAGAGCGAAAACCGUGGAGAGCUUGGCAUCUUCAUCCAGGAAAUUCAACCAGGAAGUGUUGCUGACUGCGAUGGGAAGCUCAAAGAAGCUGACCAGAUCUUAGCCAUCAAUAACCAGCCCCUGGACCAGACAGUGACCCACCAGCAGGCUAUAGGCAUCCUGCAGAGUGCUUCAGAGAGGGUUCAGCUGACAGUGGCAAGAGGACCAAUACCUCAGCUGACCAGUCCUGCAGUGUCGCGCACGCCCUCUGCAGCCAGUACACUGUCAGCCAACUCCAGCGCGUGGCAGCACGUGGAAACAAUUGAGCUGGUCAACGAUGGCACUGGUCUUGGUUUUGGUAUCGUUGGAGGAAAAACCACUGGUGUUAUUGUCAAAACCAUCCUUCCUGGAGGCAUAGCUGAUCAGGAUGGCCGCCUGCGCAGUGGGGACCACAUACUCAGAAUUGGAGACACUGACCUGUUCGGCAUGGGCAGCGAACAGGUGGCCCAGGUUCUCAGGCAGUGUGGCAACAGGGUGAAGCUGGUGGUGACCAGGGGUCCUGUGGAGGAGAGUCCCUCUGUCUCUGCUGUCAUGCCUGUGGUGCUCCCCACUGUCAAUGAACAGGGCUAUGAGGAAGAGGAGGAUGAAGCAUUUGAUGUGAGCCUUACCAAGAAUGCCCAGGGACUGGGGAUCACUAUUGCUGGCUAUGUUGGAGAUAAAAAUGCAGAGCCUUCUGGCAUUUUUGUGAAGAGCAUAACAAAAGACAGCGCCGUAGACCAAGAUGGCCGUAUUCAUGUUGGAGACCAGAUAAUAGCUGUCGAUGGUGUAAACAUCCAAGGAUACACCAAUCAACAGGCAGUGGAAGUGCUCAGGCACACAGGCCAGACAGUCCACCUUAAGCUGAUCCGGCGGGGCUUCAAGCCUGAGGAGAUCCCCCCGGCCGUGAACCCCAGUGUCACCAUCCUGCCCCCUUCCACCACUAUCCCUACCACCACCAUCGUCAUGAUGGAGCUGGAGCUGGAGAGGAAGAAGGCAGAGGAUGCUACUCAAGUCACCACAGAUGAAAAGCCGCUCCAGACAAAGAGUGAAGGAUCUGAUGUCAGCCCAGCCACGGAUCAGCUAACAGAAGACAAACAUGGGAUGAAGCUGACAGCCUUUGAAGAGGAAGAACUAAUGAAGAAAUGGCUAGAGAUUCUGGGUCCAAGUAAUGAAGUUGUAGUGGCACAGGUGGAGAAGUAUAGUGAGAGCAGUGGCCUCGGCAUCAGUCUAGAAGCCAACAGCGGGCAUCAUUACAUCCGCUCCGUUCUACCUGAGGGACCUGUUGGUCGCUGUGGCAAGCUGUUCAGUGGAGAUGAACUGCUUGAGGUCAAUGGUAGAUCCCUGAUUGGAGAAACCCACAAGGAAGUAGUCAGAAUCUUGAAGGAGCUUCCACUUUGCGUAUACAUGACGUGCUGUAGGCCCGCCCCUCACCUGCCGACUGACAUAGAAGCUGUCCAACCAGAACCAGACACUUUGUCCACAACAUCUAUAUUACAGAAACAAAUAGACCUGAGCAGCAUACUGGUCGCUGAAGACACAGAGGUGAACGCAGUGGCAGUGACACAGGAUAAUGUGACAGAGGAGGUGAUAGGAUCUCCUUUGGCCAUGUGGGAGCUUGAGAUCCAGAAUAUCGAGCUUGAAAAGGGAGAAGGAGGAUUGGGAUUCAGCAUUCUGGACUACCAGGACCCACUAGACCCCGCCAAGACCGUGAUCGUGAUUCGCUCUCUGGUUCCCGGCGGUGUGGCCGAGCAGGAUGGCCGGCUGUUGCCAGGAGACCGACUCAUGUAUGUCAACACCACCAACCUGGAGAACGCCAGCUUGGAGGAUGCUGUCCAGGCCUUGAAGGGAGCCAACCUCGGCAAGGUCCAGAUAGGAGUUGCCAAACCACUGCCUGGAAUAUGUGGAUAUUCCCACUCUCCACACCCAUAUGGUGAGCAGGAAAUUACUUCAUCAUCCACCAUCCAUUCAUUUGACUUCAACAAUAUUUUGGUUGAAGAAGGAGAGGAAGAAGGACUGACUGAGGGCAUCGUUUACCGAGCAGAGCCUGCAUUGAUUGAAACCAGCGAAGCAGACCUGUCUGAUGAAAAGGUGUUAGAUCACACUUACUCUGGAAUGGAGGACGACACUUUCCAGGCAUCCAUGAUUGCUCUUCAUGGUAGCAGCUGUAGCACAGACCUGGAUUACCUGCACUCAUCCACGCCCAAGCUGACAGCUCGCCUGGACUUGUUGGAUGAGCAUCCCUGCUUUGCAGCACCGUCCGGCCUUGCAGACAACACUCAAGCAUUCUCCCCGGAGAAGUCUGCCUCUUUCACUCCUCCGAGUUUAAGAGGUCAUGUCCCGACUUUUAAUGCCAUACUAAGCAGCUCCGAUCAGUUCCUGGCACAGCACUCAUCCAUAGAAGAACAAGUGGAGUGCUCAAACUCGUACAGUCCGUUUGCUGACAUCGUGACCAGAUCGUCUGUCCCGGAUGAACCUGUGGAGUCCCUCCACUAUCAGACGGAGCCACCCAUGUCUUUUGAUGAUAUUGGAAAUAUUAAGAUUCUGAUAAAGGACGAGGAGGCUGGUGUGAAGGAGUCUGCAGAAGACGGUGACAAGGAAGUACUGACCUCAGGGAGCAAUUUUGAAAGGACCAUCACAGUUGUCAAGGGCAACUCCAGCCUUGGGAUGACCGUGAGCGCCAUGAAAGAUGGUCUGGGAAUGCUGAUCCGCAGUAUAAUCCACGGCGGCUCCAUCAGUCGUGAUGGGCGUCUGGGUGUUGGUGAUCUCAUCCUGGCCAUCAACGGAGAACCCACAGCCAACCUGACCAAUGCUCAGGCUCGCGCCAUGCUGAGACGACACUCCCUUAUUGGACCGGACCUGGGAUCUGCUUGUGCACCUGAGGACGAUCUGUGCCCAUUUUAUGUCAUUACAUAUGUUCCAGCAGAGUAUCUAGAGGAGUACAAGGCCAGCCUGGAGCCACCUCAAGAAGAUGUCUUCCCUGAAACAGUUCCAGACCCAAUUCCAUAUACAAAAGAUAUUCCUAACCUCCCUGAACGGGAAGAUGGAGAGGGAGAGGAGAGUGCCUCUUACAGCAACUGGAACCAACCCAGGAAAGUCGAGCUCUUCCGUGCCCCAGGCAAGUCCCUGGGUAUCAGUAUUGUCGGGGGCCGAGGGAUGGGCAGCCGGCUCAGCAAUGGAGAGGUGAUGAGGGGCAUUUUUAUCAAACACAUCCUGGAGGACAGUCCUGCUGGACAGAAUGGGACCCUGAAGACUGGAGACAGAAUCGUAGAGGUGGAUGGAGCAGAUCUAAGAGAUGCUAGUCACGAGGAGGCAGUGGAGGCCAUACGCAGGGCAGGCAACCCUGUCUCCUUCUUGGUCCAGAGUAUUAUUCACAGGCCCAGGUCCUCGGUAACUGACUCCAGUGAGGAGAGAGCUGCAGCUAUGACAAGGGACAACAAGGACAAGGAGGGUUACAGUCACAGUAGACUUUUCCUCCGCCUCUCCCCAACUAACCCUUUCACUCCUACCCCGUUUAAGCCGGUGAAGCGUGAAGCGGCAAAGGCAGCUCCCACCAGCGCUGUCCUCCUCCUGCCAGUGGUGCCCCAUGUGGGAGAGACCGAUACAGACACGCUGACAGAGAUUCCUGGCAGACCUACUGAGGCAGAGGAGGAGAAUGAAGAGGAGGAGGAGGUGGAGGAUGAGUUUGGAUACAACUGGAAGAACAUAAUCCAGCGCUAUGGCAGCCUCCCGGGUGUCCUACACAUGAUUGAGCUGGAGAAAGGCAAGACAGGCCUGGGCCUCAGUCUGGCAGGGAACAGGGACCGCUCUCGCAUGAGUGUGUUCGUGGUGGGAAUAGAUCCCAACGGGGCGGCCGGCAGGGACGGACGUAUGGUCGUAGGGGAUGAGCUACUUGAGAUCAAUGGGCAGGUCCUUUAUGGCCACAGUCACCAGAAUGCAUCCUCCAUCAUCAAGAGCUCUCCAUCUGAAGUAAAAAUCAUCUUUGUCAGGAACACGGAGGCGCUGAACCAGAUGGCUGUGGGACCUGUGAGAGAACAUGAGGGAGACACAGUGGAGCCCCACACUGAGCUGGUAACAACUGCUGCUAAUGGUGACGCCGAUACUUCAAAACACGUCAUAAAGCUGAAGGAGGAUGGAGGACUUGGCAUCGACUUUGUGGAGGGAAAUACUGAGAGCGGUGUUGAGAUUCAGAGUAUAUCUGAAGUGACAGAACACACAGGCAAAGAGGGCUGCAUGAAACCCGGGGACAAACUCUUAGCUGUGAAUGGUGAAUCAGUACAAGGCUGCACAGUGGAAAAGGUCAAUUCUCUAUUGAGAAAUGCCAAAGGUCCAGUGAAGCUAACCUUCUCUACAAAUGAGCCCCCCUCCUCCUUCUCCCCUCUCCAGUCAACCUGCCAGGAUGGAGAUUGCUCCGAUGAAGUCCUUGCCAGCCUACCCAGCAUGCCUAUAGUCGCCACAACUACCUUGAUGGAGCCAGAGGCUGAAGCAGUCAUGAGUCCAAGUCGCUCGUCCACCCCUUCUACUCUGACCUGUGACCCGGCGACCUGUCCCAUCAUCCCCGGCUGCGAGACCACCAUCGACAUCUCCAAGGGUCGCACAGGCCUGGGCCUUAGCAUCGUGGGAGGCUGUGACACCCUGCUGGGGGCAAUCAUAAUCCAUGAAGUAUAUGAAGAAGGGGCAGCCUCGAAAGACGGCAGGCUUUGGGCAGGAGACCAAAUCCUGGAGGUGAAUGGCAUUGACUUACGUGCAGCCAGUCAUGAUGAAGCCAUCAACGUGCUGCGGCAGACCCCGCAGAGAGUCCGGCUCGUGGUCUACAGGGACGAAGCCCAGUACAAGGAGGAGGACCUGUGGGAUUCUUUCACUGUGGAGCUCCACAAGAAGCCUGGACAGGGACUGGGCCUGAGCAUCGUAGGGAGGAGGAAUGACACAGGAGUGUUUGUGUCCGAUAUUGUGAAAGGUGGUUUGGUGGAAACCGACGGCCGACUGAUGCAGGGCGACCAGAUCCUGUCGGUCAAUGGUGAGGACGUCAGGUCGACCACUCAGGAGGCCGUAGCUGCACUACUCAAGUGCUGCGUGGGGCCCAUAAAAAUGGAAGUGGGGAGGUUUAAGGCAGGCCCCUUCCACUCAGAAAGAAGGCUGUCUCAAACUAGUCAGAUGAGUGAAACAGGCAGCACCAAGGUAGCCUCUCAGUCUUGUUCAGACUCUGGGAACCUUCCUGGUGACCCUGACAAACUCAGUAGGAGCCGGGAUUCUCCAGAGCAUCAGGACACCAGAACAGUUGAGUUCAUUAAAGGUCCCAGUGAUUCUCUGGGAAUCAGUAUAGCAGGGGGCGUGGGCAGCCCCCUGGGGGAUAUCCCCAUCUUUAUCGCCAUGAUGAAUCCCGUCGGCCUGGCUGCUCAAACUCAGAAGCUCAAGAUUGGGGACCGCAUUGUCAGUAUCUGUGGAACCUCUGCUGAAGGCAUGACCCAUUCACAGGCUGUCACUAUACUCAAGAAUGCCACUGGCACAAUUCAGCUGCAGGUGGUAGCAGGUGGUGACACCACUGUAACGGGUCCUCCUCAGGAGCAGGCAGCUGGAGCUCUCACACCCAGCUGCAUCUUCCAGGAUGACCUUGGCCCACCUCAGUAUAAGACCAUCAAUCUUGAAAGAGGACCAGAUGGACUGGGUUUCAGUAUAGUGGGAGGGUACGGCAGCCCACAUGGAGACCUGCCAAUCUAUGUUAAAACUGUUUUUGGAAAGGGGGCAGCAGCGGAGGACGGACGCCUGAAGCGAGGAGACCAGAUCAUGGCCGUUAAUGGGCAGACUCUGGAUGGAGUCACUCAUGAAGAAGCUGUUGGCAUCCUGAAAAGGACCAAAGGAACUGUCACACUCACUGUGCUAUCAUAGACACACAUAUGCAACUCACAGCACCUUCACAACUUUUCCUACACUUCUCAUCACACCUAUAAACUAGAAAGACUGAAAACUUUAAAAUAGAAGGUGUGAUGAUAUUUCUGGCAGUCGGAGAACUCAAACCAGCAAUAAUUCACGACUAGAAGAUUGUGUUAAAAUCACCAGACAUUCAUUUGUGAAAACAUGCACACUGAAAUAGGAAGAAGCAUACACUGAUAAUCAUGAAGGAGCUUUCUGCUUAAUGUAGCCUUGAACACUGUGAUUCACUUAAGCCUACAGCAAGUAGACUUAUGUAUGUGUCAUGAUGAAGAGCUUUUAUCACAGUCACCCAAAUUAUAGUGUGUAGUAUGUGAAGUAUGUAUACAGUAUGGGCCUAUAAAUAGUUUGCCAUAGAGUUAUGUGAAUCUUAAAAAGGUUGUAAACGGAAUAGCAAUAAAAUAGAUCAACUCACUUACAUUCCAUGGAUCUGGAUUGAAGUAUUCAGUGAAAACUGAGUCUCAAGUAUUUUACUGUUUCCUGUAUUGAAAAGUGUUUUACAACAGAGUGCACCCUAGAGCAAUAACAGAAUAUUUCUACAGAGGAGUAGUCUAUUUUUUACUGUCCGGGCUCUACUUAUAGGGGUGACCUCCCACUAAAUUCAGAGCAUGAAACAGCAUGAAAACGCCCUUGAGGCAAUUAACAGAUUAGCAGGAUUUAGCUAAUGGCUGUAUUAGCUGAUAACAGCAUUAUUUGUCUUUUACAUUGCACUGCUGUUGGCUAUUCAUCAUGCUGAUUUUCCUGAAAAGCUGAUGCUGCUGGAACUGGUGUUAAUCAGCUUAUCAUGAAGCAACUGUUGUUUUAGCAAAAAGGCCAGGAAAGCAUUAUUUAUCAAGUGCUGAUGGCUAGAAGUCUCAUAUUGUAAAUACACAGAAAGAUGUGAAAAUGUGGUUUGAGUGCACAUUUGACUAGAUGAGGAAGUGUGUGUGUGUGUGUGUGUGUGUGCGUGCGUGCGUGCGUGCGUGUGUGCGCGCAUGACCUAUUCACUGAAAUAUAGUGCUGCUAAAGCCGAUAUAUAAGGCAUAUAUAUCAGUAUUUGUUUGUUUUUUUAAAGUAUUAAUUAAAGUUCACUUCAUGAAGUGUACAGAAAAGCAAACAACCUGCUAUCUAGGUUUGAGUGGAUGAGUGACUCUUCCUAAGUGUUUAACUUGUCAAAUGAUUAUACAGUAUAAUGGACCUGAGCUCACUUUGACCUUACUGUUUACCCAAAACAAAGUUAUCUAGUGUGUAUCCCAUAGACUGUAUAAAAUAGGUGUAUCCCCUGAAGUCAUUAGGCCUGUGUUGUGUGGUCUAGUUUGUGAGAAAGUUGUCUGUCUUCUGUCUUAUCACCUUAAAUAUGUGUCUCUAGCACUGUCAAUGUGACAGUAUUGAAUUUAUUCACACUGAAUUAAAUAAAAGUGACCUUUGGAUUCCA